AUGCGCUCCCUGGACGCGGCGCCGGCCCCAGCCCUGCCGUGCCCGGGUCGGUCCCUCUUGCUGAUGCCGCUGCCUGGAAAUCCGGAUGCUUUGGCCAUCCCCGUGCUCAGCUCGACGGCAUCUGUUCCUGCUGAGUUCCAGCUGGGCUGCUGGAAGCAGGGGCAGGAUGAAGCAGGGGAGAGGACCCAAAUAGUGAAUGAAGAGAAAAAUGCAGUCAGACAAGAAUUUAACUUUGAAAAGGCUCGCCUGGAAGUGCACAAGUUUGGAAUCACUGGCUACAAGAAGCAAGAGCAACGUGCUUGGGAACGGGAGCGCGCUAUCAUGCUGGGCGCCAAGCCCCCCAAAAAGGCAUGUGUGAACUACAGGACUUACCAAGAGAAACUGAAAGAGAAAAAAGCAGCGAAGGAUGCUAAUAAGGAAAAGGAGCAUAAAGGUGAUUCUCUGAAGAAGAAGAAGAAGCAGAAAGAGCAGAAGGAGAGGAAGGCCAAAAGGAAGAAAUCAGUGCCUAGCAUUUGGCCUGCAGGACAGGUUGGAAAAUUCAGAAAUGGGACCUUGAUUCUGCAAAGCCGUGACAUAAAGAAAAUUAAAUCAUCUAAAGUUAGCAAAUGAACUUCAUGAUACAGAGUGAAAUGGACAAUAUGCAUAAGAGAAUUCACAUUGCUACCAACACAGACUUCUGGGGCCUUUUGCCUGUCCACCAUAUCCUAAUAUUUUAAUCUUAUUUGUUGUUGCAGGAUUUUUGUGUACCAUUCUGCCUUGGGAUGAAUAUUAGAAUUUACCAUUUUAUAAAUAAAAAGCAGAGUUCUUAUUAAGAAGGUUAUAAGGGCUAUUUUUAUUUUUACUGGUUUUGUCGAAUCGGCUUCUUUGCUGUAAGUAAAAUACUAGUUUGAUUAAUAAAUUAAUGGAUUAAUAUAUAUAUAUAUAUAGCUUUAAUUUCAUAUGGAAAGAAUAUAGAAAAAGCAAUAUUUUACUCACUCUGAACCAGAUAAAAAGCAGAAGGGGGUGUUUCUGGAGCUAUGUAGGAAGAGAAGGGGUGUGCAGAGUUUGGUUGCUAAAUGCUGUUAUCACAUUUCAUAAUUGCAUAAUUUGAUUUCUUCUUACUCAGUAUUGGUUGCAAAUUCAAACUGGAAUUAAGAUUCCUGUCUGGUUACAGACUUAAUGACUUAUUUGACAUUAGAGAAAUGUCAAAUCAUGAUGGCGUGUUAAGGUGUAACCACUAAGAAGAAUUUAGUACAGAGCAUCAAGACUUGUUGAGGCAACAGAUGGGCUUUGGAUGUUGUAGGAUAACCUGUAUUUUGCAGCUCCUGGUUAAUCCUUGGGUUUAGUUUUUACUGCUCACUUCUUGAUAAAGUUUUGUUCAGUUCACUCUGCAUAUAGUAUGAGACUUCAUGUUCUCCAUCAGCUUCAGUAAGUUAAAAUGUUCACUUUCCACCUCCACAGCUCCCAAAAGCUUUUUGGGAGUGAAACUUGGUCAGAAUGGAGUGUAUUUUUUGCAGUCGAGCUUGUAAGAUCUAUAAAAAGUUGAAAAAAAUGAGUUCUUAAACUAAAAUGUUGAAAAUAGAAAUGUCAGGUUGACAGUGGAACGUGAAAGUUUUUGGGGGACGGAAAUGAAAAGUUUAUUCAAAGUUUUGCAUUUUCACACUUGUUUAAUGUGUGUAUGAUCUAUGUAAGGCUUCUGUUACAUGGAAAUUUUUCAUAUUAUGUCUCCAAGGCAUUUUGAGCUGGGCACGCUACAUUCUUUUGGAAUGCUGUGCUCAGGUGAACACGGUACUUUCAGUCCUGUUUUGUUACUAGAUGCAUCAACAACACUGGCAAACGAGACUGUUGAGAACCUGUUGCACCUACUGUUUCUUCAGGCUGGUGUGUGUUGGUGACAGAGAGUAUGCAAGUAUACCAACAGCAAGCUGUGUUGGUUUUGGAGCAUGUGCUGAUACAUGAAAGCCAGUAUUAACUGAAAAACAUUGAUUAUGUAAAGAGGAGAGCAGGGCACAUCUUAUUUUCCCUCUGCAGUUGCAUAGAGGAAUGAGGUAUGAAGGAAGAAUUCAAGGAUUUCUCCUUAUCUGCUCUCUUUCUCACGCCUUUUCCUACUGCAGUUAUCUUUAUUCCCUGUUUCCCUAUGUGUUAAACCACAUGAGAUUAUCUUUUUUUCCCAGUCAAACCCUUUACCUUGAAGGAGUUGAUGACAAGUUGUGUUUUUUGCAGGAGGUAAAAAGAAAGGCUGUGAUUAAUGGUGUCUCCACACUGUAGUCUGUACUUUCUCCUGACUGUGUUGGCUGGGUUCCUGUUUCUUUGCCUGGCACUGCUGUCGCUGUGUCAGAAUGCUUUGUUCUGCCUUACUGACAGACACGUGUGAAGGUUGUGUAGCUCUGUGAGAACCUCUCUGCAGGGGCUGGGUGUGCUGCCUCUGAAGCACUGUUGAGUCCCUCUGCUCCCAUCUGCUUGAGAGGGGUGUGCAGCUCCAAGGCUAUCUGUCAUUUCAGACCAUCUCACAAAGUCUGUGUCUUCCCUGCCCUGACAAGCUUUCUCUGCCCAGUCUUUUACCCAAGGGGCUUUCCAAUGAGAACCUACUGGUGCUAUGGUUCUUUACAGCCUCUGCUUAUUCCAGUCUUAGAAACUUCUGGAGACGGGGUGAUUUCCCAAAGUGUCUAAGGUGUAUCCCAGGUGUUCUAUAACCAACAUGAGCCAGAGCUAGUGGAGUGGUGCUGAGAAAGAGAGGUGUUUCAUGCCACUGAAUCGGGGUAUGUCUGAAUUUGAGGCACAGAUGGUUGCUCUGAGGAGGGACACUCUUUGCUUUCUCCAUUUACUGGAUUAUUCUUGACUGUGGUAAGAAAGCAGUAUUAACAAUAGGAGAUAGGCAUGCAAACUGUAUGAAUGCCUCAUCAACGUAAUGGCAUAAUAUUUUGUAAUCAUAAUUUGUAAUAAUAAAUAGGGCACUGAUGCUGGAUUUGUUGGCAAUGUUAUAAGAAUUUAUUUAGAAACUGUAAAACAGCAUAAACUUAUAUGUCAGGUUCUCAAAAAGGGUAAUAAUAGUAAUAAUACACAAAGUUUUAGUUGGACCAAAAGACAAAAAGCAGUUUGUUUCUAAUUCAAAAAAUACAAACGUUUGCUACAGGUACAAAAUUAUAAAAAGUUUGUAUUUUCCUCUUGAUCUGGUGACAGACACAUAUAGCAGAGAUGUAUAUUUCACCAGCUCGAAAUUCAUAUAAGCUAUGGGAAAUGACAGUAAAGAAAAAAAAUGUUGUAGUUAAGAAAACAUAGAAACAACUUCUUGUCUUUCAUUUAACUGGAAUGGAAUACCAUUUUCUUAUUCCUUUGCAGUUUUUUUAGUUGCCAACAUUUAAAUUAGUGUUACUCAUGCUUCAUAUAACAAUCAGAAAUAACAGCAGGUUUACCUCAUGCAUUUAUUUUUAAUAUUCAUCACAUAAUGUCUUCUCACCAUGCUACCUAGGAAGGUUAGUGUUUUUAUUGACAACAUUUAAGGGAGGUGGAGGAUAAAGGAAUGCAAUCAGGAUCCAGGAAUAUUUCUAUCUACUGCUUCACAAGAAAAUGUUAGAAAUUCUCCAAUUAGCAUAAAAAAUAAUUUUUAAAUUAAUUCUGCUUGGAACUGUUUGCAAUAACAAAUGUAACAAAGAGGUUGUUUAACAGAAGGGGAAAAUGCUGCUGAGUGCCUCUGUCAGUGAAACACACAUCUGUCUCCUGUAUUGUGCAAAGAUGCAGGAGCCCCACACAUCUAGUCUCUGAGGUUUGCAUAUGGGCUUCUGCACCUGAGAAGACCAAGUGUGUCCUAUUAAUGAUGGAUUUGUGCUUCAGGCUGCUGCUCCAGCUGGCUGUGUGUGCAGUAGAGCUGGGCAGAGGAACCACCAGAAAUGUUGUCAGUAAAAACUAGAAGCAGCUCACUCUUUUUUCUUUAAAAAAAAAAAAAAAUUCAAAUAAAAGAACUCUCUAUCUUUGCCUGGUAA